AUGAGCCAAGACUACGAGGAUAGUCUCGACGAUGUGUCAAAGUCACAUUUGUUGACUCCGGAAACGGAUCAGGACGAUGCCAGUAGCAUGUUUUCGACUGAUUCAGGAUAUUUGAUGGAUCUCUCUGAUCCAUCCGAUGAAAGCGAGACGAUUUUGCCCAAAACGGACUUUCAUUCACCAUAUUACGUCAAUGUGCCCACGCCGAGCUACUCAGCAAUGGCCUCAGAUUUGUCGGACCCUGGCCAGGAUCUUGCUACAGGUUUCGUUCGCGAAUAUCCCACAGACAUUUUGCUCGACAGAUUCACCAAAUGGCGCAAGAUUCUCAAAGGACUGGCCAACUAUUUGCGUGAAGUGGCGUACGCCCAGGAACGGUUUGCGCGCAUUAACUAUGGUUUACGCACGAACAUCAAGUUCUCGUUUCUCACGGAUCUGGAAGAGUCCACAAAUAGAGUUGUCGAUCCCUUCCAACAACGAGCAAGAAGGCCUGGCCAAGCCCAAUCAAACCCCAGCGGCUCUAGUGCCCAAAGUGGCCGGAGAGGCUCAGAGGACGAUUCGGCGUUCCAAAGCUCAAAUGCCUCCACGUUGGAUUUCAAAACCAGUGCUCCCGUUGCAUCCGGCGACGAUUCGUCUGCGCCAUCCGGCUUCAUGAAGUUUGGAUCUGGAUCCAUUGAGGACGUUCAAGUCGUGCUAAAGAAAUACCACACAUCGAUUGGGAACCAGCAGAUCAAAAUGUCCAAGGAGUUAAGCGCAGUUGUGGUCCCCAAGCUUGACGAUCUUCGUAAAGACUUGCAGGCUAAAAUAAAGGAGAUAAAAGAGCUACACAACGAUUUCAAGACCAAUAUCGGAGAACACAUCGCAUUAACCGGUCAGUUGCUACAAAAAUACACAGCUGCUGUUAAAUUUAUGUCCACUGACGAGGAGAAAACACAUGUGUUAAAAACAAAGGGCCAAAAAUUGAAACCAAAGCAUGAUCCUUACUUGUUGAAACUGCAGCUGGAUCUUCAACUGAAGCGUCAACUUUUGGAAGAAAACUAUCUCCAAGAGGCUUAUAUUAACUUGCAAUCAUCAGGUUUGGAACUCGAGAAAAUCAUUUAUGGGGAAAUACAGCAUACUUUGCAACGUUACUCAGCAUUGGUCAGUACCGCGGCUCGUAUUUCGAUCAGUAAUCUUUGCAACGAACUACACCAAGGAAUGCUAAGCAAGCCUCCAGCAGUGGAAUGGGACCAUCUUGUUGGCCACCAUCCAAAAUGCUUGAUAAAUUGGCGAUCAACAGAGCCCAUUCCACAACCCCGGAAACUUUCGGACAUUCGAUACCCAAAGAUGAAAUCAUCCAUGGCAAAGUGCAUAAAAGCGGGAUAUUUGCUGAAAAAGUCUCAAGUUCUGAAGAAUUACAAUAAAAGUUACUACGUUCUAACCAGUAACUAUCUGCAUGAAUUUAAAUCCAGUAAUUUCUUCAAACUAUCUCAGGAUGGUUCAGAAAAAAAAGACCAUGGAGAAGUACAGGCGGGUGGCAAGAAACGAGGAAUGGUGCCUGUUGUCAGUCUCUAUCUGAAUAGUGCAAAGGUGAUCGAGGCAACCGACAGCAAAUUCAGUGUUCGAGGAAAUAUUUGGGCCAGUAAUUUCGACAAAAAGUCAACGGAGACUGGCAAGAUGAUCUCGAAAUCUACCUCGUCCAUUCAAAAGUUCUUAAAAAGUGGUGCAAAAGGUCACAGUAACAAAAAGGACGGCCAUCACAGCUCCGUCUCUGGGCCUACCGGUUGGGAGGCAGCAGAAAAACCGGAUAACUCUGAUAACGUUGCUGUUUGGGUUUUCAAGGCUGUCAACUCUGGCCCCAAUACGGACGACGCCAAAGACCUGAGGAAAUGGCUGUCCGAAGUCAAAAAUUUGAGUAAUUUCGAUAAUUCCCUUGAAAGGGCGAAAUUUAUCGAGGAAAAGAUCCUACGUGCUCAUUCUCGCGCUAGCUCUGUUAACCUACUGAAAAUGAGCGGUGAUGUCAAAAGCCCGAAUAAAGCGCCAUUAGAGAGAAGCCAACGCUCUCAAAACAAGCCCCAAUAUAUACAUCUUGGCUCUCAAGAUUAUCACGAUAUGACAGGAGCUAGAGCGAAAGUUAACACCCCAGCAAUUGAUGACAACGGCAACUUGAUCUUAGCUGGUGAGGGUCGUCCCCCAUCAACUAAGAGUAAUUCUGGAGUGUCUUCACCUGUGGGUCAAUAUAAUGCAGAGGCAAGGUCUCCUAGUGCCGGUGGAAGUGGACGCGGGACUUCUGCACCCGAAGAUCCUGUUCCAUCGUCAAUGAGCCAAGGUUUUGCGAUCACCAGUAAAGGAAUGACAGCUGUCAGUUCUGGUGGCGGGCUUACUCCACAGAAAGUAAGGACUCCAAGUGGACUUUCAGGCGGCGUAACCCCUAGUGGUGGGAGCUCGGAUGGCUCUGGAAAAUUACCUGUAAACUCACCUGCUAGUCAUGCCAGUAGUGGAGGUGGAUACUUUGCGAUCCCCGUAAGGCCAACAUCCCAAAGUUCAACACCGGGAUUGGAUCCCGUGGCAGAACACACGGCCAACGUUGACCGGAGCAAAGCGUCUGUUGUUCCCCAGGUCAAGGUAAACGAUCGUGAUUUUUCGGGCGAAAAGCUUGAGAAGCAACAACAGCAACAGUUUCAGCAACAGACCAACAUAGGGAAGACGGGCGAAAGGUCACCUUCAGCGUCCAGAGUAGCCGAGACGGGCCCCAUCACAAGAGGUUCUCAAGUUCAUUUGCGUAAGAAUGGUAGCGGCGGAAAUCUGUCUUCCUCAAACGAGGAGGCGCCGCACAGUGUGUAUUCCAAUGCCAAAUCUGGGAACAGUUCGCACAGUUUGACCCAUGGGGUACCUCAUAACCUCCGGAAACAUAAGAAAAAUGUCUCUUUCGGCUCUUUGAACAGUCUUUUGUUUUCCAAAAAGGGCGGAGACGUCAGUAACAACAAUAUGACAGACUACUUCAUGUCAGGAAACCGAAUUGAGGAACAUAACGACCCCGAUGCGAUCAACAUAAAUCAAUCACUUUACCGCAAUCGGAACCGUAGUCCCUGA